GUUUAUAUAUUUAAAAUUAGAUGGUAUGUUUUGGUAUAUUUAUGAGAACGUCAGAAGGUAUAAAAUCCGUGGUCACAUUUAUUUUGUAUCAUAAAAAAGUCGCCGGCAGUUUAUUUACGUUCAAAAGUAUUCGCGAUUACGAAAUAACAAUUAAAGUAUGAGUCUCAGGCAGUUUCAGACCAUUUCGCAGCAGGUUUUCAGGUGCUUAUCGACUCGGGCCGCAACAAGUCGAAGAAUCCUUGGGCCGGUCAUCGAACUGAGUCAGAGUCAAAGGCAGAAUCUAAAAUUCUGCACGGUCCUCCUGCCAGUCAGCUGUGCGGCAGCCGUCAGUGCCCCCCAGUACUCCACAGCAGCUGCCAUCGACAUGUCUGCCAACGGAGAUUACAAGAACGCCGCUUCUAUCUAUGAGUUCACCGUAAAGGACACCCAUGGAAGUGAAGUGUCGCUGGACAAAUACAAGGGCCGAGUACUUCUGGUAGUUAAUAUCGCUUCCAAGUGCGGACUGACUAAGAACAACUAUCAGAAGUUGACCGAAUUGAAGGAGAAGUUCGGCGAGCGUGGACUCACCAUUUUGAACUUCCCCUGCAAUCAGUUCAACUCCCAAAUGCCGGAGGCCGACGGCGAGGCAAUGGUCUGUCAUCUGCGCGAUGCCAAGGCUGACAUUGGAGAAAUCUUUGCCAGGGUGGAUGUCAAUGGCGAUAACGCUGCUCCGGUCUACAAGUACUUGAAGGCCAAACAGUCUGGCACUUUGGGCAGUGGUCUCAAGUGGAACUUUACAAAGUUCCUGGUCAACAAAGAGGGAAUCCCAAUCAAUCGUUAUGCCCCAACCACCGAUCCUAUGGACAUUGCCAAGGAUAUUGAGAAACUAUUGUAGAUCUCCUCUAAAUUAUAGCAUUGAAUCGCGCCUUUUAGCUUUCGCGUUGCUUUAAGUAAUAAACGAAACAGACCACAAUUUAGUCUUGUGUCUGGAUCGGCCCAUGUACUGCAUGUCUAUAUAUAUUGUAUGCUGCAUACGAUUUACCCCAGUUACUGGUUUUUGGUUUUCACUCAAACAUAAAUAAACGCCAUUUGUGGCUCGUACACACCA